AUGAAUACGGACCAACAGACUGUACGGACGCGUCCGCGUGUUUCACGGGCUUGUGAAAGAUGCCGUGUCAAGAAGGCAAAGUGUGACGGUGAGAAGCCUUGCAGGAGGUGUAAUUUAGACCAAGCACCCUGUUCGUACAAGCUACGAAGGAAGACCGAUUCUGCAAGCACAAACCAAAGAUACACCAAUCUCCUCAUUCAACAUCAGGAGGCUCUCACGGCGGGCGUGGUGGAACUGUACGGGCGGCUCGUCAGAGGUCAGAGAUGGGAUGGCGCUCCCGUCGAGGAAGUCAAUGGCAGCCCCAGCGUGCACGAGAUCCUUGAACGAUUGGGGGUACUUGACCGCGAUGACGACGCCGACUACCGCAACAUCGACUCCUACUCGACCAAGAACAACAACAACAACAAAUCAGAACCUGUCUCGCCGGUAAGCCUGGGGAGAUCAAUUCCGCCCAUCAUUGCGCCGAAGACCAAAAGGCAGGUUCGAACAGCCGUGCGAAGAGAACCGGUCUGUCAUGUACCUGGCACAGCACCACCUGAACAGCGGAGUGCUGUCGCGGAAUCGCCAAUACCAGCCAUGGCAACGAUCAUGAGCCGGACGUCGACCACCUGUGGACCGCCGCCUUCGGCACUCGAUGCGGAUGAAGUGCCACCCCAUUCGACAUAUUUCGGGCAAUAUCCUUCGCCGUUGACCCCAAUAUCCGACGCACGAAGCACAUCUCUGUCUCAUUGCUCUGGAGGACGUCUCAACAGUACCAGUACGUCGACAACAUCAUGGGUCGACUCUCCGGUGGAUGACUUCUGUGACGAGCUAUUCGGCACACCGAUACCCACGCCCAGGACGGAAGUCCAGACAGGAUAUCAACCAUCGGAUCGCCGCCGAAUCGAACCUCCUCCCCAACCUCACCUUCACGCCCUGACCCCUCCAGUCCAUCAGCGGCCAUCCGCCGUGGCCCCGCCGUUCGCGUCCCCGUACCUGAGCGUCACGGAAGCCUACCACGCUGAAUACUUCUUCGACGCGACCGUGAGCGGCGGCGGAGUGUCCAUGUACGGAUGGGAUGGUGGACCGGGCGGCCCGGGCGGGAAUGAAUAUGCCGCCUGGGAGACAACAGGGGUGUAUGUCUAG